AUGUUGAAGGCUAUUAUUGACGCUUGGAAUGGUAAUGCUGGUGUAGAAGAAGCUAAUGACGGCACUAAGUUGCAAUUCGAGGAUGUUAGGGCUUUGGUCGCUAGACGUGAUCCAUCUGUCGUCUUGGUUGACGCUAGAGAACCUUCUGAAUUCUCUGUUGUUCAAAUUCCAGGUUCCAUCAAUGUUCCUUACAAAUCUCACCCAGAAGGUUUCUCUUUAAGUCCAGAAGAAUUCGCAAGAACUUUUGGUACUCCAAAGCCAGAUACUGGUAAAGAUAUGGUCUUCUUCUGUGCCUCUGGUAUGAGAGCCGGUAAGGCCAGAGAUGUUGCCAUUAAGAAUGGUUACACUAACACCAAGAUUUACCCAGGUUCAAUGAACGACUGGGUUGCUCACGGUGGUGAUAAAUUGAAGUUGUAA